AUGGCCUUUCAGCAACCGACGCGCCAGGUCGUGCAGCGCGUCGCUCGCCCGGCAACUGUCGACGAUCAUGGCUAUACCGCAGCAUCCCCGGAGUGCCAACCCGUCGAGUCCCAAUCAUGGGUCCUCUUCUCCGCGCCCACCGACGUUACCACCACUUCCUAUCUCAGCGGGACCGAUCACUCGCUUCUCACCCCAGGUCGCUCCCUCCUCAGCGAUCUCGGCAGCCUGAAUACCGUUGCCAGGUCGGCACAGUCAACCGGCGCCGAACAAGCCCCCUCGCAGUCUGCCAUCGACGACGCCUCGGUGGAAGACGACGCCGAGCUCGACAGCCUCGACAGCCAUCUUCCCGAGUUUCGAUCACUGCCUGGCGCGCAAGAACAUUCUCAGCACGGGGGCCAGCACUCUUUGCCUGUCCUGCCGGCCCACGAUGGCCUUGGUUCCUUUCGCUUGUCCGACCAGCCUGUUCUGGGCAGGGAUGCGCAGGACCACAUCUACCAGUUCGAAAGGUUCAACCCGCGUAGAGUGCGUCGCAGGCUCGACAGCUUCAGCCGCGGCCAACUCGACCUAGAGCACAGUCAGCAUGAGGAAGAGGAGAAGCGGCUACGCAUCGAGGCGUGGCGACUGGACCACAGCCGAAUGCUCGUUGACCAAGUGCAGCGCGAGACGCGACGGAGACGCAAGUCGCAGGCGUCGAUGCAGCGCGUCCGACGCCCUGCGGAGGCCGACUCCGACAACAUGACUUGGCAUGACGAGGACCACGUUCAACCCGGAGAGGAGGAGGAAGGCGUGCUCGCAAGCAUCACGCGCAAGGUUGUGAGAGAUCUGCUUGGAAUCGACGACACGCUCCUGUCGUUGUUACUUGGGGAGUCUCUGCCGGACGACACAGCCACGCCAACCGCGCCUCAGCUGGGCAGCGAACCCCUGUCGACACGGCUCCAAGAGCAAUCCUGGCAUCCACGGCUUCUCGAGACCCUGUCCAGAGAGCUUGGGCUUCUGGUCAACUGCCUCUCACACCACCCCGGGGCAUUCUCGACGUUUGCCAGGACACAGCAGCUGCCACUACCCUAUGCCGGACUGCCCGUCAUCCUCGAGUCUGGCGACUCACCACAGUCGUCCAAGCUGAUGGAAAACGAGCGGCCCUCAGCUCCGGACUUUCAACCAACGAUGCAGCAGUCACCCCAGCCGGCCAGGACGUCCAGGGUGACGUCAGAAGAGGUGGGCGAUGAGAUGAGGGAGGAUGCCAAGCCGGACAACACCUUUACCCAGGAAGAAUGGGAAAAAGACCUCGACGUCAAGCUCGUCUUCAAAUAUCUCAUGUCGCGCUUCUCGGGGCGCCCCAAGAGCUCAUCAUCGGCCGGCAGCUCACACGGUGGCACGCCGAAUGCACAGGACAGCGCAGCCAAAAUCAGUCGCGUGCGGCAGCAUCACCCACUCAUCGCACGGUCUCGGCCCGUGGAACGGCGGGCGUUCAAGGCGUCGAUUCCGGCCAAUGCGGUUGCCUUGCGGCACCCCAGCAGCUGCGCGAGCCAGAGCACAAGGCGGUCGGCAAGGAGAAGCAGCUGCUCAUCGCGGCACUACUGGGACAUUGGCGGCUCGAUGGGCACAGGGUCCGUGAUUGCCUCGCAUGGCCCAAUGGGCAGCUGGGGCGAGGUAUGA